AUGAACGGCCAAGGCCGUGAUGCAGGAAUCCAAAAUGCAGAGUCGAAUAGGUGAAAACAGAAAAGGUCUUUAAUACAAAAAUGGAUAACAAAAAGGUACCAAAAACCACACAAGAAACAAAGUACAACCAAAAUACAUCCGGACCUAGUCGCGGGAAACAGUAACAAAAAACACUGCUAGCAAGGUGAGCUGAGCAGGGAAAAAUACAGACAAGAACAAAAAGAGCUGCUAACAAAAAACUAGCAGAAGUACCAAAGAAUACAGCUACUGCUGAAGACGUCAAGCAGGCAGGUAGGUACUUACAGGUGAGCAGAGCGAGGGUCAGAAAGCCAAAACACAAUGCACAAGAACAAGCUGGAAGGAGCUGAACAGGGUGUAGCAAAGGGACAAUCUGGCACUGGAUGUGAGUAAGCACACAGCUUAAAUAGAACAACUAAUCAGGCACAGGUGAAGAUGAUCAGCAAUCAGGGUGCUCAGGAGUGUGCUGCAACAGAGAAGCAGUAGAAGGCAGUACCGCAGCACACAAUCCUGACACUUUCCUGUCUAUUCCAAGUCGGGGGGAAUUCUCAGGUAAACUGACAACAAGGUUAUGGCACCGUCAGGAUAUAAGAGGAUGUACCGGCUGUCUCGUUCUGUUAUUCAUGUGAUGUUCCUGCUUGACUCUGUGCUCGGUUCACUUCCUGCUCCAUGUAAUCUAUCUGUGCACUCCGUUAACUUCCUCCAUAUCCUGCAUUGGGAUCCUGGGCCUGGCUCCCCACCAGGAACUCAGUACAAGGUCUUUACAAGAUUAAGUGGAAGUAAGGAAAGAAACCCAGAGAACGACAACACAACAACUGCAACAUACUCACAGCUGAAGUUAGACAAAUAUAAGCAUUACUUGACUGUCCAAGCAUUCUAUAAUGGAACCUGGUCUGCAGUGUCAGAAGAAGUCUUCUUCAAUCCAGUUGAACAAACUAUCAUCGGCCCUCCAACAGUAGUACUGGCUGGAUAUAGCAACCGCAUUCAAGUCAACAUAUCACUGCCUGAUGCUGACAAAAGCUCACAAAUACCAAACGAUGACAUCUUAGCCUUUUACAAAGCUAAGUUCAGAGUCUUGUGGAAGACAUCUAAAGGAAUAGAGGAUUUUAUAGAAACAGAAGAGAAGAGUGUUACUCUUCCCAACUUGGAGACAGCCAAGGAGUACUGCGUACAAGUUCAAACUAAGAUUGCCAUGAAUAAAAACACGGAGCCGUCAGCCUGGAUGUGCACUUACACAAGUAUUGCAGAGCCAAGCAGAGUUCCUCUUGUUGUAGGUACAACUGUUGGUCUUCUCAUUUUUUGCAUUGGUGCCUUGAUGACGUUGUUGUUUUGUCUCUCCAACACUGGAUUUCUUUGGAAACUUAAGACAACGGUCCCCAGUGCACUAAUUAUUUCCCCGACCCAUAGUACAUCUCUGGCAGUAGAGGAAACCAUCCCUGACUUUAUCUCCAUUUCCUCUGAGAUGCGCAAAAAGAACACCACCACCAGUACAGCAUUAUAUCCUGCCACCAGUACCACAAGAUUUGAAGAGGAUGAGGACGAUGAAGAAAAUGAAGAGAGUAAUGUCUACAUAGACAGAGAUGCUGAAAAUUCUUCAGGGGAAAGUUCAUGUCGGGACUAUGACGUAUUCAGGACUAGCCAAUUGGCUCCAUCACAAGAUUCUCAGAGUUCCACGACAAGGUCACAAGCUAAAGCAGGUACAUCUGACUCCGCACUUCAGACUUUUCCAGGCGGGGUUGACCGAGAAGAGACUGGAGUUGAAAAAGUAGAGUCUUCAUGUCUGUCUCAGUGGUCGAAAACCGGAGUCAAAGAGCAAAUCAUAUGCGAGUUUGAUGAGAAAAUGAUGGAGAACAUCUGUAACAUCUCUGACAACGUCAAUCUAGUCACUGUCACUCUGGCCGCACUGGCUCCUUGUGAGGAAGAGGACCUGCACACGACAGACUCUACGGAAUCUUUGAAACAGUCUGACCAGGAGCUUCUAAUUUCCACACCCACAAAGCAGAUUUUGUUCCACACCGACAUGCAAACUGACUCAGAUGAACUGAAAUCAAUGCAAUUUACAGAUUCAGUUGAGACUUGCAAUGAGAGCAGUUGUGAUGAUGACAGUACACAGGAUGAGGGGGAGGAAGCGCUAUUAGUAGGAUAUAUGAGGCGCUGAUAAAUGGUGUAUAUGGCAGUGUGACAUGAGAUUCUCAUUUUUUCUGAGCACAAAUUGUAAUGAAUAUACUGUAUGAUGUAGAAAGACUUCUGACUCAAACCAUUUGUCUUCCUCUACAACAGACAUGGGCAAAAUAUGGCCCGCUGGCCAUGCCUUGUUUAUUGCUGUGAAUUGGUACUGUGGUAUUCCUUAUCUAUAAAUCAAAUAUUAUGGUGGUUAGAGCAUUAAAUAAACCUGUUUACCUUUUUUCAAAGUACGGGUUUUAACAUGAUUAGAGCCCUUUACACGUGAAAUACACCCCAUAAAUAAAACCCGUGCUCUUGUGUGUUGCUGUAAAUGUGUUACUAAUAAUAGGCCAUAGUCAAUCACAAAACAUCGAUCAUUUAUUAAUUACUUUUUGAAAAAUCGUGAUAGAGUGAGGGCACAAU